AUGGUGGGCUGCCUGAACGGCAGCGUCGUCACCAUCUCGCACUCAGUAAAAAACAUGCGAGAUGACGUUGCAUUUGAGGUGCGCAACCCGCUGCGCAACAAGAGAGGUAUGGCCUUCCUCCCAGGAUUAAACCUCACAAUCCGGGAAGGCUGUUUCUACAGUUGGACACAACUCUUCCUCAAAGAAGAAGGGGAUGGCAGCUUGUCCUACUUUUAUGUCAUCUUGGAGAAUACCGCGGAUGCAACAAAACCUAGGGUGCAUGUGUAUAUGCUGCAAAAUGGUGAUGAUGCCUGGCACAAACAUCUUACCAUGGCUGACUGCGACCUGUAUCCACCAUCUUGGAUCAAAGCUGUGCUGGUGGACAACAAAAUCUAUAUGGUGAACUCCCCGAAAGAAAUUGCUGUCUUGGAUUUGAAGGCCUCAAUCUUAUCGACAAUUCAGCUCCCACAUGGGGUGAGUAUUGACCACAUAGGCACUACCCUGUUGUCGCGUGCUGAUGAUGGUUAUGGUCUAUAUCUCAUCCAUAUCAAGGAGCUUCAACUUCAAAUCUGGCUCUACAAUGGGGACAACUGGUUGCUCGUGGACACCAUUUGCUUGAGUGAAAUCUGUGCUGAUUUGUUUGAGGAUGAGCCUACUGCUGAUAUCCGAUUAAACCAUGUGGGAGACUAUACUGAGUUUGUAUUCUUGGAGAUGGGUCGUUGCGCACUCUACUUGGAUGUCAAGUGCAGGACACUGCGUAAAGUGUACGAGAUGACAGCAGAUGAGUUUCAUUUGGGUGAUAUCUAUCCUUUUAUGACGAGCUGGCCUCCCAUUUUCCCUGCCCUCAUGGAUGUUCCUGCAAGGUUACUAGUUACAUUAUAUUAG